UGCAUCACCACCACACCCACCUCUAAACCAUCGUCAAGAACAACAAACCAACAUCCCCCAGGCUGCCAAAAUGUCAACCCCGCCCUCCGUCAAUCUAGACGAGGAAGCCGAGUCCCUCGACUCCGAGAUCUCCGCCAUCCGCGCAGAACUGCGAACCCUUCAACACCGCCGCCGCGUCCUAGCAUCCAGCCUCCUCUCCUCGCGCCCUCUCCAACGCCUCGCCAAAUCCCAAUCUCCGUCGCAAACCUCGACAACAACAACAACCAAAUCAUGGACCGACCUCUCCCCUCUGCUCCACAGCUCCUCCCUGCACUCCAACCUCAACCAUCACCGCAUCGCGUUCUCCACCACCGCGUUCCCCUUCACCGACCCCUCCCCGACGGCCGAAGCGAAGAAUCUUCUCGGACUACGGAUCGAUAUAUGCGCCCGGGACGGGACGUACACGAAGCCGUAUUAUAUCCUACUGCGGAAGGUGCGGCGGGACACCGCCGACGGGAAGGGGAAGGGGAAGGUAAAAGGGGAGCAGCAGAGGUUGUUGUAUGUGCAUAGACAUACGAUCCCGGCGGUGGUGGAUGUGAGUGCCUUGGAGCGGGUGUAUCUACCGCGCCUGACGGGGGCUACUACGGGGAAAAAUACGGCGCAAAAUGGGGAUGGGGGGGAAAUAGAGCAGGAUGUGGAUGAAGAAGAAGAGGAAGCGCAGCUCAAGCCGUGGAAGCGCAAGGUGCUGAAUGGCAGCAGGAAGCAGGAUCUGAAGGCGUUUGUGCGGGAGGUGAGACGGCAGUUGGUGGUGUGGCAUCUGCGAUGUGAUGCUGUCAGGUAUUUGAGGGAGAGGCUGGGGGUGGUUCGGCGGGGAGAACAGGGCGCCGGCGGGCUGGGCUACGGGGACGAGGAGGAUGGGGUCUGGGAGAGGGAUGUCCUUGUGGAGGGCAAUCAGGAGACAAGAAUCGCGAGGAAUGAGCUGGGCAUUGUCUCGUUAGGUGCAACGGCGCUGGAGGCGGUUUAUGUACGCGUCGAGUGGGAGGAUGGACGGGUCGGAAGAUUCAAGAUCUCCAAUGCUGGGUUGGUGGAGAGGGCCGUCGUGAUGGGGGACUCCGGGAGGGACAAGUUGAUGGAGGGGGUUAUGACCGGAGGGAGAGUGGAGACGUUAUUGGAUCGCCUGAUGAAUUCGAGGAAGUACGCAUCCGAACCAAAGCAUCCUGCUGCAUCACCCUCGGAAGUUGCGUCGAGGACCGUGUCCGAGGUUUGAAACUCAUCACAUCUCGUUUUACUAUAUUUGGCCAGUCUGCUAGCGAGUCGUUCCAUAUACCAAC